CCCUGAGCUCUGGGGAUGGAGUCACAUGCAGUUUGGUCACAGAAGAGUAGUCUGCACACUCUGACAUCUCCGUCAGAAGUUUCCUGGCUGGCAGACCAUGGAGCUUCUUGUAAAUGUAAUAAAAUGGAUAGAAGAAAACAAAACUGCCUUUUUACCACCUGUGUGCAAUAAGCUUAUGCAUCGCUAUCAACUGAAUGUGAUGUUUGUUGGAGGGCCAAAUGAAAGGAAGGAUUAUCAUAUUGAAGAAGGAGAAGAGCUUUUUUACCAGGUUAAAGGAGAUAUGUGUUUAAAGAUAAUUGAAAAUGGGAAACCAAAAGACAUUGUCAUCCAAGAAGGGGAGAUGUUUCUCCUACCUGCGAGGAUACCUCAUUCUCCUCAGAGAUAUGCAAACACUGUGGGUCUUGUGGUUGAGAGGGAAAGAUUAAAGACAGAAAUUGAUGGGCUCAGAUACUAUGUUGGAGAAUCGACUGAUGUCCUCUUUGAAAAAUGGUUUCACUGUGAAGAUCUCGGCACUCAACUUAUACCAAUAAUUCAAGAGUUUUUCAAUUCAAGACAAUAUAAAACUGGAAAACCAAAUCCAGAUGAACUCCUGAAAGAAACACCUUUCCCACUAAAUCCCACUCCUGUUAUGGAGCCAUUUUCCUUCCAAGGCUGGUUAAAUGAUCACCGUGGUGAAAUAAAACAGAAGAAAUCCUUGAAUAUGUUUGGAAAUAACUUUGAAACAGAGGUUACAGCUUAUGGACCAGGAACAACUGAGAAAAGUAAAAAGAAUUCAGAUAUCUGGAUAUGGCAGCUGGAGGGCACAUCGACUCUUAUAAUGGAUGGCAAAACCCUGACUCUAUCUGCUGGUGACAGCCUGCUUGUUCGUGCUCAGUCUACGUAUUGCUGGAAGAGGACAGAAGAAUGCAUUGCUCUCUGCAUUGCUCAGGAUCCAAAACGCAAGCAGCCUUAUACCUAGCUCCUUUGCCAGCUGACUUUGAUGAUAACUAAGUUUUAACCUACUUAUCUUUAAUGAUCCUUUAGUCAGAAUUCCUGGCAAUUGGAAUAGUCCAACAAUGAUAACUCUGAAUUAAGUGGAGUCUGUGCUGUGCCCAGUUAAACCUUUUUUCCCCAAGUAGUUAAUUUCAGGAAAAUCUACAAUCAGUGAUUUCUUUUUAAAUAAAGAGAACUAUAGUUCUUAUCAGGAAGGAAAUAAAAACAGAUCGAAGUAGGAUUACUUACAUAAUAGUAUGAAUGAUACCAUCUCAAAUAAGUUAAAAGAUUUUUCAAAUGCAGGUCUCUGCCACAGAUAUAGAAAAGAAGAAAGGAGAGAUACCGUUAUGCCUUCUUAGGUGACAGUCUUAAUUUCUUUGUCUCAGUUGUAUAAUUUGUAAUAAAUUGGGUAUAAUGUUAGUUACCCAGCCCACAGCAGAGGAGAUUUAAUUAGAAGUAUUUCACAGAUCUGACAUUUUGACUAAGAGGCCCUUUAAAAAACAAAGCUAACUAUCCACUGCACUGCUGAAGGAUCUCGGGGCUUUGUGACAGACAGGAAGGUGCAUUAGUAAAGGGAGAAGCAGCACCUGCAACAUCAUCAAGCAUUACUUACAUCACCUCUGUACUUGCUUCAGGUAACUUAUUAUCAGUUUACCAAAUCUUGCAAUGCAGUAUCAAUGAUACUUAUUGGGAACGUGCCAUACAUGCCAUGCUGGAUGCUGUUGACACAAUACACUAUCAAGGACAUGGCACUGCAACAUAACUAACACAAGAGCAUCCAGGUCACGGUGUUCCUGUGCAGCAGAAAUCUCAACUCAAAGUAGCUUGAGAAGUGUGUUGGGGAACAAGGGAGCAGAAAAAUUAUUAUAAUCAGCUUCUACUAAGCGCUGCUUCUUUUUGAAGAAUGAGGGCUUAGGUUGUUUUGGUUUUGUUGGGUUUUUUUUUUCAGAAAUGACCACUAUCAAAUUAUCUUUUCCUGCUUUUAUUCCAUGAACUCCCUAGAGGGUGUGUUAUUUUGUUUUGGGUUUUGGUUUGUUGUUAUUUUUAUUGUCCUUCACAUUAUUAACACCAGAAAACAGGUUGCUUAAAUAACUGCAGGCAUUAUCAAUUACAUGUUUGAGAAAGCAAAAAGUUACAAUUUCUUGAUUUUUUUUUUUUGUAAUUCUGAAUAAGUUCAGGAAAUAUGUCUUUAAUACAUCUAUCACCUACAAAGCUCAUUAAACUAAGAUGUCAUACGUGUUUUA